ACAUUAUCCCCUUCGACCGGUUUCGCCUGCUCAAAUACUUCCUCAGCUAGCUCACGGCAGUACACCACAACUGUCACCAGUGUCCCUCGCUGAAGCUCCAUACUCAAAUCAAAAUGUCAAUCUCAAUCUCCUCACUCACCUCUUCAUUAUCUUCGCUUUCUUUCUCUUCUCAGAUUUCGCAAAAACCAAACACCCUCUCAUUUUCCCGUUCAAAAUCCCUUCCUCUCUCGCUCUCUUCCAAACCUGCUCGUCUUCUUGUCUCCGCCACGGUUGCUUCGCCCGUGGAAUCCGAGGCUACCGAUCUUAAGAAGUUAGUUAAGUCGAGGCUACCCGGUGGAUUCGCUGCCCAACCUAUCUUCGGCACUGGUCGCCGUAAAUGCGCCAUUGCUCGAGUCGUUCUUCAAGAAGGCACAGGCAACAUUAUCAUCAAUUACCGCGAUGCCAAGGAAUAUCUUCAAGGUAACCCUUUAUGGCUUCAAUACAUAAAAGUCCCAUUGUUAACUCUGGGUUAUGAGAGCAGCUACGAUGUAUUUGUCAAAGCUCAUGGGGGUGGCCUCUCUGGUCAGGCGCAAGCAAUCUCCCUUGGCAUCGCCCGUGCAUUGCUAAAGGUGAGUGAGAGCCAUAGACCCCCUUUGAAAAAGGAAGGGCUACUGACCAGGGAUUCAAGAGUAGUUGAGAGGAAGAAGGUUGGUCUGAAGAAAGCUCGCAAGGCCCCACAGUUCUCCAAGCGUUGAAGUUUAAUGUUAUUGUUUUACACGUUUAAUUAGCAGCUUUUGUUUGUGUAGAUCUCUAUCGCGCUGUAUUUAAGCAAAUAUUAUUUUACUUUAGCAAUUCAUUGAUGAAGUGAGAUUUGCAUUGCAAAACAGAAAAUUUUUAUGAGAAAUUCUCAUUCUUUUAAAUAGAAUAUGUAAUAAUUUUAAGUAGAA